AUGCUCCGUACACUUGUCAUCCUGGCUUCGCUCCUCUUGGCGAUCAGUGCUAGGCUCACCACCAUCAAGUCGCCAUGUGUCACCAACUGGGGGAGAUGGGCUGGAAUGAGCCGUUGUCCAUCAGGCCAAUUUGUUCGUGGAUUCAGGGUCAAGUACGAGGACCAUGCCUAUUGGGAUAGGACCGGUAUUAAUGGAAUUGAGCUAGUUUUCCAGGACUCUAAUCAGGUUGACAAAUACAUCAAGAGUGGUGAAAGCCCAAAUGGAGACUGGAAAUAUUUCAAUUACUGCCCUGCAGGGGGACCAAAAUUAAUUUAA